CCCAACACCAACACCAUCAUCCGAGCAGCACGACAAGAAUGCGAGCCACGGAAUCGAAGGACGAUUGAUUUGGAAAGCAGUCACGAAUUAACGACCAUUCUGUGCCGGAUCCGACCGAGCUCUUCCGAUCCCUUCACUUCCUCCUGCCAACCAAUCACCAAUCCCAUCCAGGACCAAGGCUUAAGAGCAAUCUGCCAGGUAGACAGACGCAACAAGUUACUCGGAUCUUGAAGGAAAAGGAAUUGGGACGACAGAAUGGCACCCAGUCUCCCUCAGUUCUCAGCGGCGCGCAUGCGUUCGUAUGUUUUUCGACUCCCGCUGUUUACGAGGAGUAUCAUUGGGGUUAUUCUGGUACUUUGGGUGGCUAGCUAUCAGGGGGUUUUUGAUCUGGUGCAAUGGGGGGCUUUGAUUCCUAAGGAGAUUGGGAUUAGCACUAGUUUGUCUACCUUCUAUCCUUUUCUCUCUCUUUCACCUUCUCUCUCUUGCAUACUCUGGGGUCUUGUUGUCUGUGUGCUUGAGGUUUCAGUGAUGCCAGGAUACGUGCUGACUUUCGUGUGCCAUUACAGUGUAUAGAACGAAUACUUUCCCACUCAUACAUCGCGGGGUGUUCCAUACGUUUUUCAAUCUUAUUGCGCUUGCGCCUUUGUUGGAAAGAUUUGAAGCGGAGUAUGGGACGUUGACUAGUUUGGCGCUUUUUGUUGGUCGUGAGUGGAAUGCAAGUCUGACGAGGAUUGGCAGAUGCUAAUGGGGAUAUACUAUAGCGCUUUCUACCAUUCCGGCGCUCUUGUAUACAUUCAUCGAAAGGGGGAUAUUGGGAAUGAAUACGGCAGUUUUGGGAUCGAGGUAUGAAGAACUUACAUUGGAUACCAGGGAAGAAGGACUGACGGAAGUGUAGUAUUUGGGUAUUUACUCUACUUGCUACGGAAGCUUGUAAGACCUACAAGACCAAUCCUAGUUUCCAACUUGGGACGGUGCAGGUUCCUACUUGGAUUACGCCACUGGUUAUGGUAGUCUUUGUGUCGGUCUUGGUGCCGAAUACCAGCUUCUUGGGACAUCUUUGUGGGCUGGCUUUUGGAUAUGGUUGUAUGUCCCCUCUGUCCUUACUCAGCCGUCAAGGAUAAAACUAAUGAAUGAUAGGGGGCCUGGGAUAUCUGAAGUUCUUAGCACCACCUGAAUGGGCUCUCCGAUGGAUUGAGGGAAAGCUCAAUCUACUUGGAAGACUCCCUCAUUACGUAUCCGUUGACCAGAAAACUUAUGGUCGUUUUGGAGUUCUUCCUACGACUAAUGCGUCGAAUAUCUCGUUACCUACAGGAGAUAGGAUGCAGGUUGAAAUGGGACUCGUUGGAAGUUCCCAGAGAUUGGGACCUUGAGAGGGAUAUAUUCUUAGAAAAGGGUGGAUAUUCAAACUUGUCAUUUGUAUAGAAAAGGAUUAUUUAGCAUCAUUCGGCGUUUUCUUCCUCCCUGAUUUUGAUGGGUAGGCGGCCGGGCUGCUUUGUUGCAAGCGUAAUUGUUUUUUUUAUAUAGAUAAGUAUGUGUAUAUGAUAUGGUAUUAGGAUAUGGGUUACAAUUAGAAGGUUGAAAGAAGAAAAGUCUUUCCUGAUGUGCAAAAUAAGUGAGGUCUGAUACUGUGUUUUGUUUCUUGUGAAAAAGUGACUUUGAAUCUCACCUCGGUACGAACACCUUGAUAGAUAGAUAGCUCAACCUAAUCGCGUCACACCACAUCCCAAGCUACAAUCAAAUCAACACAACAAUGACGGCCCCGCCCUAAAAAACAAAACCUCAAUUGCAAACUAGAAUGUCCGGGCUCCUAGGUACCUCAUCACUUUUCCCUUCCCCUGACUUAUCACUAACUCACCCAGCAUCCGGCUCCCUUCUCCGUCGCGACCCGCGACUCCUCAAAGUCCCCCCGUACCUCUCCUUCCUCUGCAUCGUUAUUGGUGUCGCCUGGCUACUGGUACUGCCACUCGAUAAUUACUCGCGGAAGACGUAUAUCUCGGAGAAUGCGUUGUUGCCCGGGCAGGUGCAUACUUAUUUUGCCGGGAGCGAUCAGAAUGUUUUUCGGGGGUAUAAGAGGGAGGUUGAUGGGAUGGGGGAGUGGGGGAAUGUGGAGUAUGUAUACCCGUACUCCCGUGUUGGGAGAUUCUGGAGGAGGGGAGUUGGAUGGAUUGGAGGAAUUUGGUGUGGAAAGAGGAGAUAGAGGGGAAGGGAAGGGAAUAUGGACUAGGCUGAUUCUUGAAUAGGGUGAACGAUAAAUUGGAGGAGUUCUUCAAGGCCUCUGGUCUUAAGGUUGCGAGGCAGAGGUAUGAGUACACGAGUGCGGGGGAAACAUACUCGGGAGAGAAUAUCUACGCUAUAUUACAUGCUCCCCGAGGAGAUGCGGAGGAGGCAAUUGUUUUGGUAGGUGCGUGGACGAAUGUGGAGGGGGAGUUGAAUAAGAGUGGUGUUGCACUUGUUCUUACUCUGGCCAGAUAUUUCAAGAGUAACGUGGUACCAUAUUUCUAAGAGAGAUACAUUGGCUUACGGAGACACAGGAUGGUCAUUGUGGUCGAAAGAUAUCAUCUUCUUAAUCACUGCUGAUAGCAGAGCAGGACCCCAGGCUUGGGUAGAUGCUUAUCAUGAUACGCAUCAGAAGGGUGUUCAAUCUCUACCCGUGAAGAGUGGUGCUCUUCAAGGAGCUGUGGUUAUCGAUUACCCAUUUGAUCACCGCUUUGAGUCUCUUCAUGUCGUAUAUGAUGGAAUCAACGGCCAACUUCCAAAUUUGGAUCUCUUGAACACGGUAGUAUCUAUUGCUAGUGGCCAGAUGGGUAUUGGAGCCUCCCUCCAAAAAAUGUGGCAACAUACAGAUACCUAUAAAGACAGACUAACAACCAUGUUACGAGGAAUGAUGAACCAAGGACUUGGUCAUGCUUCGGGUCCUCAUAGCAGUUUCAUACCUUACCAUGUUGAUGCCAUCACUCUCCAACCUUACGGAGAAGGCUGGCAGGAUGAAAUGGCUAUGGGGAGGGUGAUUGAAAGUACCUUCCGAAGUUUGAACAACUUGCUUGAGCAUUUGCAUCAGAGUUUCUUCUUUUAUCUGCUGAUGCAGUCGAGUCGAUUUGUUAGUAUUGGGACUUAUCUUCCAAGUGCUAUGUUGGUGGCUGUUAACUUUACUAUCAUGGCUAUUUUCUUGUGGGUGAAGAGUGGUUCUACUCCAAGUCCUGAUUCCAAAGUUGGCUCAACCAGUGAGAAAUCCGGGCCGUUGGCUAUUAUUAAGAAAGAAGAUGCGGUAGCUAUUGUUCCAGAGGAAUUACUAGAAGCCCGAGAGAGGGAUUUCUUCCUUCCACUUGGCGUGGUGGUUGGUUCGCAUUUCUUAGGUGUAUUACCACUAUACGUAUUCAACCAUACACCUCAUGCUGUAAGUCUCGUUCCCCUUAUUGUCUCAGUACCAGGGAAAUCUCGAUAGCUAAUUCGGAACAGUUACUCCCCAUAAUCUUCUACCUCUUCUCAGCCCUCAACCUCCUCCUUCCCCUCCUCAUCUCCAGCACCCUAACCCACUCCUUCGCCCCCACCCUGCAACAAUACCAACUCCUCAAAUCCUUCUCCCUCCUCUUCCUUGGCAUGUUCCUGUCCGCGCUCGCCACACUGAACUUCUCCCUCGCCUUCUUGAUCGGACUCCUCGCCGCACCAUUGACGUACAUCCAACCCUUUAAAUCGACCGUCAUCACGGCGCUCUAUGUUGUGCUCAUGGCGCUUCUGGCACCGACCAGUGUCUUGUUUGCCGGCACUUGGUAUUGGAAUCUGGGUGUGGGGGCGGUGCUGAGGGAGGCCGCUUUUGGGUGGGAUGUUUGGGGCAUGAAUACUCAGGUGGUUGUUUGGUGUGUUUGGUGGCCUGGGUGGGUUGUUGGGGUUAUACAGUUGUUUGGACGGCCGCGGGUCAGGGAGAAGGGGAAGGCUUGAUUGAGUGUGGAGGCUGGAGUGUGGGUGUAUGGGUUGGAAUUAGGGUAUAUAGAUGAAUGCGGAUUUUAUAUCUCUUUGGCUUAUAUGUGUAUGUGUAUAAAUUAGGGGAUUCAAGUACUGGUUCUUACUGCUACGGAG